ACAGAGGCACGUGGCAACGCUAACUGCCAGCUGAUUUUGAAUAGCACAUUGUACUCACCCGAUCUCCGCCAGAAAUAGUAAAAUGGGCGGCCAUCAUAAGAAAAACCUACGGGCGGAGAAGGCAAAGGUAAAGCUGAAAGGCGCCAAGCUGCCCAAGGGUCUCAAUGUGACCAAGACGGACUUCAAGGUGCGUAAAAUCGAGAUCCGUGAGCAAUUAAAGGAGUCCUCAUACACAGAAAGUGGCCAGCGGCAGCUCAAUCUAAAGGAGACACUUUCUCGGUUAAAACAUCAUAGUGUCAAGUUCCGGACGGAUGCACUGCGCAAUGUGCGCGAUUCUCUAAAAUCUGGUAAUGCGGAUCAUCUAAUUGGACAUUUGAAUGAGCUUUUCCAGGGAAUUGCAGCGGGGGCAUUGGACAUUGAGCGUUCGGCCCGACAGGAAUCUUUCAAGACCCUCGAUGUGCUGCUGGAGGCCCUGCAACCACAUGCAGUGGCGCCCUUUUUCCAUGUCAUUACCACUUACUUGCGUUGUGCUAUGACCCAUGUGCAGCCCGCCAUCCAGGAAGACUCUCUCCUCAUGCUCGACGUACUGCUGCAACGAGUACCUCCGGCUCUUCUAGCAGAGAAGAGUGCCAGCACCAUCAUAGGCAACUUCAUCGACAUGAUUUCCCGCGCCCGCCACGACAACGAGCGCUCGAAUCGUACUUUAACUUUAAAUCUGGGACAGGGCAAACAGACAACGGUGAAGUGGCGAACCAAGGUGUUAAUCCGCCUCCAGCAGAUCCUCGGGACGUUAGCUAGCACCAAGAGCUCCAAGCCUGCUAUCGCCCGUGUGGUUCACUUCGAAAUAAUGCGUCCGCAAUACUACAAUGUACUGCGUACCCUGCCUCAGGAUAACCGCGAUAUACACGCUGUUCUCAACGAAACCAAACUAAGUGCAAAGGGCACUCAACUGCAAACCUACGUGGAACAAUUACUUCCUCUCCUGCAGGACAACUGGUUGGAGGUGCGGCCGCAGGAACAACAACCCCUGCUUAGCCAGGAGGCAGCGGCAAGUCUUCAUGUGGUAAUCAGCCUAAUGAUCCUUCUCUGGACGUUAAUAGGACAGCAUGAAACGGAAAAUAACAUCAGCGAACUAAGCGAUUGGCUAAGGAUAAACUACGCUCAAAAGUUCAUGCUUAACUUUUUGGGCAAGGACGGAAGUCGUUUUCCAUACCAACAGAUUCAUUUACCGGGCAAAAAGGUAGGCAAAGACAAAGGACCAGAGGAUGGCGGGGAACUCUGUUUGCCACAAAAUCUGGGCAUUGUACAACUGACGUGUAAGUUCUUUCCAAAUCCCGUCGAGAAACAGGCCAAAAUGUUUGCCCAUUUGGCUACUUACAUGCAACAGAGCUUGGAGCGCUUGAAUUCGCUGUUACCGGAGCAGCAACUUUCUGUAGUAGCUUCUCUGCACUCGCUACUCCUUGAAAAUGCUGCUUUUCUGCUUAACAUCGUAGCUGAUCCAUUGAUUAAUCUACUGAAUGCAUCCAUCGAGGCUUAUGUAGGCCAGCGAUUCACCACUCGUGAGGGCGUGGCUACUCGCGUGCUGAAUCUUCUCUGCGAGAUAGUGGAGCGUUCAGACUUAUAUACCCGCUUUGGUGGCGAGCAGAGAUUCGCUCCUUUCCUAAGCUAUCUGCCACAGUUGCUGCUGAAACCAACAGUUGGGGAGGGCACUUUGCGAGCCAUGGCAACACUAUGCCGUCAACUAAAUGGCGUCUUCAUGUCGGCUCUGAUCCAAAAUGCUUCAGAGGUGACCAAUCAUUUGAAUAAACUGCAGGUUACGGGGGAUACCGAAGGCGGAGACAAGUUCGAGAUCCAAAAGCGUGUUCUUCAUUUAUUCUACUACGCCAAAGAGUUGGACAAAGAUGGAAAACUGGAGCAAGGAGCUAAGCAGCUGGCAGAGCAGGCUGACAACAAACGAAUUGCUGAUUACCUGAAGGCAGUGAUGGGGUAUAACUAGCGUUCGCUGUCCACAAUACACAUGCACUGAGUAUAGCUUCUAAAAUUAGUUUAAUGUGUACAUUAUAUUCCUCUUGCUUAAGAAAAACUA